AUGGCAGCAGCAGCGACGACGAGCGCGCCCAAGGACGCGGCGCAGGACACGGGCACGCGUCUGUAUGUGCAGAACCUUCCGGCCUACGUGGACUCCGCGCGGCUGCGCGAGCACUUCGCGGCGCAGGGCGAGGUGACGGACGCCUGCGUGAUCCGCACCAAGGACGGCAGCAAGUCGCGCCGCUUUGGCUUCGUGGGCUUCAAGAGCGCCAAGCAGGCGGAGCAGGCGCGCAAGUUCUUCCACCAGAGCUUCUUCGACACGUGCAGGAUCAACGUGCGCGUGGCGCUUUCGAAAGAAUCUGGUGAUAUGGAGCGACCGUGGAGCAAGUACUCGGUCGGUAGCGGUCGCUACCAGAAGCUGCACCCGGAGUCAUCGGGCGUUACGAGCGGAGAGUUCGAGGAGUUCAUGGAGACGAUGCAGGCCCGAUCCAAGACCAAGUUCUGGGCUAACGACGACGUGCAGGGUCCAGAAGGAAAGACAGCCACCAAGGGCGUGGGCCUUGCCGAUGCAGAGGAUAGCGAUGACGAGUACGAAGAACUGGAAGCGGCAAAGUCGGACGACGAUGCUGAUGAGGACGAGGCUGAUGCUGAGAGCAAGAAGAGCAAAAAGUCGGAGGCGAUGUCCGAUAUGGAUUUCUUGCGCUCCAAGAAGAUCGCGUCGUCUGGAGAAGCGGAUGCUGCGGCUGAAGAUGACAAGCCCACCGCGAGAUUGUUCCUGCGCAACUUGCCGUUCACUGCGGUGGAGGAGGAUCUAGAGGCGCUGUGUUCAACGUAUGGCCCUGUGGAGGAAGUGCACAUGCCGCUGGAUGAAACCCGUCGCCGUAAAGGCUAUGGCUUUGUGCUUUUCCGCACAACUGUCGAUGCGCAGACGGCUCUCACAGCGCUGAAUGGAAUGGCCUUCCAAGGUCGGCGUCUUCACGUGAUCUUUGCACGCUCCAAGCGUGUUAAACUCGACCCGGAGGCAGCUCUGGCAGACCCGAACUUGACGUACAAGCAGCGCAAAGAGCUGGAGCGCCAGAUUCAAGCCCAGAAGAAGACGGGCUGGAAUGCGUCUUAUAUCCGCGGUGACGCGACUGUAGGCUCGCUCGCUGAGCGCAUGGGCGUGAAGCGCGGUGAGAUCAUGGACAAGGAGCAGGGCAACAUGGCCGUUCGUCUAGCUAUUGGUGAAACGAUGCUAGUCAAGGAGAACAAAGACUUCUUCGCGAGGGAAGGAGUGGAUCUCAAUGCUAUCGAAGGUGCGCUCGUGAAGAAGCCGAGCCAGCAGCAACAGUCAAAGAAGAUUGAGCGUAGUACGACGGUCAUCUUGAUCAAGAACCUUCCUCACACAACAGAGGAAGAAGAGCUUGCGCAGCUGUUCAGGAAGCACGGAGAGAUUGGCCGCUUCCUCUUGCCUCCUUCCAAAACGCUGGCUGUGGUGGAGUUCCUGGAGCCUUCGGAAGCGCGCAAGGCCUUCCGCUCGCUUGCAUACAAGAAGUACCAGCACGUGCCGCUCUACUUGGAGUGGGCCCCCGUCAAGGUGUUCGACCGUCCUGCUACCGCAUCGUCUAGUGCAAAGGCGCCUACGUCCGAACAAAAGGGUAUCAAAUCGACAUCAGCCGUGGUGCCGGACGUUGACGACGAGGGCGACACCGCUGUGGGCGACGCAAGCCACACUAUUUGCGUGAAGAACUUGAACUUCACUACCAAGGAGGCAGCGCUGGAGAAGAUCUUCGAGCGCUGCGGAAAGCUGCGCAAGGUCACCGUCGCGCGUCGAAAGGACCCGAAGCGUGGCAUGCUCUCGAUGGGCUUUGGCUUUGUCGAAUACGUAGACGCUAAGCACACGGAGCGCGCGCUGCAAACCCUUCAGAACACCGUAGUGGAUGGCCACGCGUUGAACCUCAAGCUCUCACAGAAGAAGGCAUCCGCAGCACCGAAGCGUGCAGUUGGCGAGGUCGAUGGCGAAGGUCGCAAGUCCAAGAUCAUUGUUCGCAACGUUGCGUUUGAGGCGACGAGCAACGAGAUCCGCGAGUUGUUCGGUGCAUUCGGCCAGCUCAAGCGUGUGCGCAUGCCGAAGAAGUUCGACGGCCGACACCGCGGCUUUGCUUUUGUGGAGUUCCUCACUGAGCAGGAAGCCCGCAACGCAUUCUCGGCCCUUGCCAGCUCGCACCUGUACGGCCGGCAUCUCGUUCUCGAGUGGGCUGAGGAUGCCGAUGACAUUGACACACUGCGCGCCAAGGCUACGCGUGAUCUGACUGCCAUCAAUGACAGCGACCGCCGGAAGCGUAUGAAGAGGCAGAAGGACGAGGAUGAAGACGACAUGGACUUCUAG